CCCGAGCGCUCGCCUCGUCGCGUCCUCCCGGGCUGGCGGCGGGAGGGCAGAGCGCGCGGCGCCGCGGCGGUCCCCCGGGAGCAGGGUGCCAGGACGGCGAGGGGCUCGGGCGGUUCGGUGCGCGCGGGUGAUCCCGGAGGAGGACUGGAGAUGUCCUGCCUGUGCCGCCUCCUGCUCACCUACCUGUUCCCGGCCCUCCUGCUUCACGGGCUGGGAGAGGGUUCUGCCCUCCUUCAUCCAGACAGCAGAUCCCAUCCUAGGUCCUUAGAGAAGAAUGCCUGGAGGGCAUUCAAGGAGUCACAGUGCCAUCACAUGCUCAAACAUCUCCACAAUGGUGCAAGGAUCACUGUGCAGAUGCCGCCUGCCAUCGAGGGCCACUGGGUGUCCACCGGCUGUGAGGUGAGGUCGGGCCCCGAGUUCCUCACAAGGUCGUACCGAUUCUACCACAACAACACCUUCAAGGCCUACCAGUUCUAUUACGGUGGCAACCGCUGCACGAGCCCCACCUACACGCUCGUCAUCCGCGGCAAGAUCCGCCUGCGCCAGGCUUCCUGGAUCAUCCGCGGGGGCACCGAGGCCGACUACCAGCUGCACCACGUCCAGGUCAUCUGCCACACGGAGGCGGUGGCUGAGCGGCUCGGCCAGCUGGUGAACCACACGUGCCCCGGCUUUGUCCCCACGGGAGGCGCCUGGGUGCGGGAUGCGCCCUACGACCUGUGGCGGGAGGAGAAUGGCUGUGAGUGUACCCGGGCGGUGAACUUCGCCAUGCAUGAGCUGCAGCUCAUCCGGGUGGAGAAGCAGCACCUGCAGCACAACCUGGACCACCUGGUAGAGGAGCUUUUCCUUGGUGACAUCCACACCGAUGCCUCCCAGAGGGUGUUCUACCGGCCGUCCAGCUACCAGCCCCCGCUGCAGAAUGCCAAGAAUCAUGACCACGCCUGCAUAGCCUGUCGCAUCAUCCACCGGUCGGAUGAGCACCGCCCGCCCCUCCUGCCCCCCAAGGCUGACCUGACCGUGGGCCUGCAUGGCGAGUGGGUGAGCCAGCGCUGUGAGGUGCGGCCCGAAGUCCUAUUCCUCACGCGCCACUUCAUCUUCCACGACAACAACAACACCUGGGAAGGGCAUUACUACCACUACUCCGACCCCGUCUGCAAGCACCCUACCUUCACCAUCUAUGCCAAGGGCCGCUACAGCCGGGGCGUGCACUCCUCCAGGGUCAUGGGAGGCACGGAGUUCGUGUUCAAAGUGACUCACAUGAAGGUCACCCCCAUGGAUGCGGCCACGGCCUCGCUGCUCAACGUCUUCAACGGGAACGAGUGUGGGGCCGAGGGCUCCUGGCAGGUGGGCGUCCAGCAGGAUGUGACGCACACCAAUGGCUGCGUGGCACUGGGGAUCAAACUACCUCACACGGAAUACGAGAUCUUCAAAAUGGAGCAGGACGCCCGCGGCCGCUACCUGCUGUUCAACGGCCAGAGGCCCAGUGACGGGUCCAGUCCUGACAGGCCUGAGAAGAGAGCCACAUCCUACCAGAUGCCCCUGGUCCAGUGCGCAUCCUCUGCACCCAGGGCUGAGGACUUCUCCGACGACCACAGGGCUCACCCGUCCGGGAGCCACGCCCCCAGGAGGAGCGCUUGUCCCCUGCUCUUUGCGGCCCUCUCCUGCCUUUUGACUCUGCCGCCCUGGAACCUCCUCAGAUAGAAAUUUUUAAAAAGUUCUAUUUUUCCAAACCAGGGUUCUUUACAAUUUACACAUUAUCUUUACGAAAAGAAAGGACACCACUUCUGAUGCACUUGAGCCCCCGAGAACCGUCUUCCUUUUCGCCUCUGCUUCGCGCCACCUCCCCACCUGGGUCCUGAGCAGCACUGUUCGAAGUUUCUGCUGUGAACUCCAUCCAGUCGGAUCCCUGGCCUGAGCGUCUUCACAGUAGAAAUUGCACUUGGAGACGCCAGAGGGUGUCGGGCCGGUGUGUUUGGUAGAGGGAUCAGGGUGACAGCUGGGGCCUCUUCUUUUCUUCCUCUUUAUUAUUAUAUUUCAAGUUGAACUUAGAAGAAACAAAUAUUAAGCUUCAGCUUUUCCUGCCACUUUCCUGCGGUUGUUUCCUGUCCUCCUGUGAAACUAUUUACUCUCCGAGUUUUACAACCUGGAAUCCGGUGCAGAGUUGGUUUGGGAAUGUGAUCAAGACACCUUUUAUUAAUAAGGAAGAGACUUGAGUGUAGAUAUGUACAAAGGAAAAGACGCAAAGUCUAACUUAACCACCUUGACCGCCUUUAUGCAAAACAGGAGAGAAUCCAAACUUUCAAAUGUUGAGUAGGAAAGUAUCUGUAAUUAAAGUUUCAAAGUAUUUAAGCUAUUGUUGUUUUAACUUGUUGGGAAAGAGACGUUGGUUCUAUGCUGGUUCCUGGGUGGCUGCGGAAUGCAUGCUGUUUUCUUACGUGCUCAGUAGGCAAGGGUGGCCAAGCAAAUACCAGAAGCAGUCCCGUUAGCAAACAGACAGGAGCAGUGGUGCCCCGCAUGGUGGCAGGGCGUUAAAUGCCCCAUAAAUGAUAAGGUGCCCGUCCGUUCCAGUGUCCUCUUUGUGGGACCCUCUUCUUGGCUCACGCUGCAUCUGGUUGGGGCCGAGCGGAUGGAGCUUCACUCUCGCUCUCUGCUCCUUCAAAGACAGAUGCUCAGAGACCUUGCUUGGUGUCUAAGGGCCUGGCUGUUCAAAGAGAGAGCAAGGGGGUGCCCAAGCUGGGGGCCCCAUUAGACCCCAACCCCAACGUGUAUGUGAAGUCCCCUUAUGAUUGGACAUGCCAGUUCGCUCGGUCUCUGUCCUGCUGUUACCUUGGCCCUGGCUGCAGAGCCUCAGGGCCGCCUUACGUAGAGUCCCUGGGCUUCUUUCAGACAGACAUCGGGAGGGUACGUGAGCCAUGGCCACCUGUUACUUUGGAUUAUUCCAAUGGUGCUAUCUGAACACCAAGUGUUAUUGCCAGUAGAGACUGCUGGAGGGAGACGGUGGGUAACGGGAAAGCCUGGUGUGACUAAUAGUGAGCACGGAAACCAUGAUCAAGGUUGAAAGGCAUCCUGUGUUUAAGAAUUAACCUCAUGCAAGGCCGUGGCACUCGAUGUGGUGCGGAGUUGUAAGGAUGGCAUGGAGCACCCAAGUGCAUUAUCUUUAGACUAUAUUUUAAGUUGUGGUGCAUACUGAGGGGGUUUAUUCACAUGAAAAUACUAACUUAAUGUCUGCCAAGUUUAAUAAACAACGAUGUCAAAAAUACGCCCACAAAAUACAUUUUACCUGUGGAUCUAUUUAAUUAAUACUAAUUCUAUCUUUAAAUGAUGUAAUAAAAUUAUAUGAAAAACUGUG